UAUAAGUAGCAUACACUAGUAGAGAGACACAUUUGGGAAACACAUAGCCAAGUUGAGUGAUCCCUCUGAAGUUGCAUGGAAUCUUUUCUGUUUUCACAUUGCUUCCCCUGGGUGCAGUGUCUCUGCUGAGCAAAUAGUUCCACAGGGCUCCUUAACCAUUUAACUGCACUCUAUGUCUCCACAUCAAUGGUGGGCGAGAAAGAAAAAAAGAAAAAUCCUCUUCUUUCCCUCCUCCUAGCAGAUAAAUUCAAAAGGUGACUGUUACUCCAGCUGAUAAAUUGCAGAUAAAUUGGUAUUGUCUGUGUAGCAAACAGCAUUUUGAAUUCUAACCCUAAUGACUUUAAAAGAAAUGAAGUCAUUGAACCUAAAAAGAAACGAACGAAUGGACGUUGAUUACAUAAAGGGAAUUCUUCAACCUACACCCACUUGUGCCAUCUGGGAUAAAAUCUGGAACUUUCAAGCCAAGUCAGAUGAUCUUCUUAUUUCUACCUAUCCCAAAGCAGGGACAACUUGGACCCAGGAGAUAGUAGAUAUGAUACAAAAUGAUGGCAAUAUAGAGAAAUGUAAAAGAGCUCCUACUCAUCUCCGGUUUCCUUUUAUUGAAUGGAGAAUUUCAUCAAAAGACUGUGGAUUGGAUCAAGCUAAUGCAAUGCCAUCACCACGCACACUGAAAACUCACCUUCCCAUCCAACUAUUGCCACCAUCGUUCUUGGAGAAGGGCUGUAAGAUAAUCUAUGUCGCAAGAAAUGCCAAGGACAACUUGGUAUCAUAUUAUCAUUUCCAAAAGAUGAAUGCAGCACUUCCUGAUCCAGGAACCUGGAAGGAAUAUUUUGAAGAUUUCCUAGAUGGAAAAGUGUGCUGGGGUUCCUGGUAUGAUCAUGUGAAAGGAUGGUGGGAUGCAAAAGACAAAUAUCCCAUUCUCUACCUCUUUUAUGAGGACAUGAAGAAGCACCCAAAGUGUGAAAUUAGAAAAAUAAUGGAAUUCAUGGGAAAAAACCUAGAUGAAGAUGUUCUAGAUAAAAUCAUGCAUCAUACUUCUUUUGACAUAAUGAAAAAGAAUCCAAUGGCAAACUAUACAACAAUUUCUGAGGAAAUUAUGGACCAAUCUGUUUCCCCAUUUAUGAGAAAAGGGGCUGUAGGAGACUGGAAGAAUCACUUCACAGUGGCCCAGAAUGAGAGAUUUGAUGAAGACUACAAGAAAAAAAUGAUGAAUACCAGUCUGACUUUCUGCUCUAAUCUCUAAGAAGAAAUCAGGAGGAAUCCAAAUUUAUGAAAAUCUUAUCUGCAAAUGCUAUUUAAUUACCCUGUCAUUUAUAAUAGCACCCAUCUCAAGUGCUUUGCAAAUCUUAAAGUGCUAUAUAAGUGCUAACCAAUGUCAUUAUUUUCAAUUUGUUUAGUCAUCAUCAUUCUGUUAAAUAAAGGGAUUAUAUUUUCUUUUCAUUUA